GACGAGCCCGCGCGCUACAAAAUUGCCCUCGGUGCUGAUGUCCGGCAGAACGAGAUGGCUUCUGUCAAGAUGUUUGGGAGCAUCCCAUUGACCGACACUUGUUUCGAUGACCCCAAAAGACGCAAGAAGAAAAAGGCUAAGAAACCGAAAAGGGAAAAGUCAGAUAAGCAUAAAUCAAAGCCGAAAGGUCAACAGAGUUUGAAGGAUUACUCUGACAUUUGUGACUCGAACUUCUUUACAGAGUGGCCAGAGAUCAAGAAGAAGAAACGGAAGAAGAAACACGAUGGCAGUUUGAAUGAGGAGUUUCCUUUGACACAGAAUAAAAACCUCAAAAUGUCGAAGCGAAACAAGCAGAACAGAAAAAGUAACCGUGCCGCGGUCAAACAUGGUGUCCGCUCAGGUCCUGCUGAACAGGAAGCAGUGCAGCCGAUUAUAAGCUCAAUACAGAAAGAGAAGAAACAUAAAAAGAGAGUUGUCUUUAACCUCUCGCCGGUUUUGCUUGAACCUAAACCAGUACAAGAUCCUUUUGUGGCGAGAGACAUCCUUCAAACCCAGCGCUCAGGUGCAGAAAAAAAGCCGGUGUUUAAUGCGGUAUUUCCUGGAGAUGGACGUCACAGCAAGCCGACCACGGAAGAAAAUGUCAUGGAGUCUCAAAGUACGCCUGAUGACAUCAACAGCCAAGACCUGUUCAUCACACAGAAGACGUUCUCAGAUCCCUACAUAGACCUCUGCAGCAGUGCGAGUGCUGAAGAAGCCCUAGAACCUCAGGGCUAUUCAUCAGCAAUGAAGCAGUUAUCUCCAGAACCUCAGUCUUAUACAUCACCACCACCAAGGAAACGCUCAUAUCCAGAACCUCAGAAACCAUUGUGUCCAUCAAAUCACCCAUCACUACCAAGGAAACCAUCACACCUUCACAAACUCGAAGCUUUUACUCAGACUGAAAACUUCUUCACCUCUCCUCUCCUCGCUGCUUCUCUCAGGUUCCGUCAGCAGAGCACGUGCUCAGAAGAACCGAUGGACCUGAGCCUGCCGAAAAGAUCCAGGCUUCAUCAGCGAGAAGCCGCCGGGAAAGCGUCCGGAGAUCAGCGCCACCCGGAGCCGAACGUAGCGGACCUGACACAGAGCGAUGAUGGCGACGCGCAUUUAAAAAGCAAAGCUGACCUCUCUCAGCUGAAAGUGGUUCAGACACGGCUCAACGAGUCCUUCUUCUUCAAGCUGAAGGGAGAAGGGGAUUCGCCCAAACCGAUGUCGCCGCUCAUGAAGUUGGCAGGAAGCGUAGAGAAGAAGAAGCCGUGACUUAAUCGAAUAAGUUAAAACUAAAUUCAGGUCUGUGGAUUGAGGUAGAAUGUUUCAGGCAAUUAAUCCCCGAGUUCUAUUUGGGUGUUUAUUAUUAUUCCGGAGAGUGUUUUAUUAAAUAUAUACACUGCAAGUGCGCUUCUGGUUAAAUUCUAUAUAAAAUUAAAAAGGAGUACUGGUUAAAAGACUUGUUUAUCACAUUAAUAAGGCACAGCAUAUAGUUAACACUACAGGUUUAACAGAUUUACUCUUAUUUAUAGUCACAUGUUUUAU